AUGUACAAUAAAUAUUGCGGGUUAAUAUUGAAUUGUACACUUAUAAUCGUUGGAUUUUUUCAGCAAACUAACAUUGCUAACAUUAACAUGAUUUUCGAAGAGAUUGAAGAAUUCUUUCUGGUGAAGUUGAAGAUUAAGAUUAAAAAUUCAAAGACACUUCGUUUCGUGUAUCUUCAGACAAUUGUAAUCUUCUCAGCAUUGAUUUAUACAGAAAUGACAAACUGUUUGAUGUACAUUGGACCGACAAUCGGAUUAUCUGUGGACAGAGCAUGCAUUGUUAUAUGUCUGACUCCUAUGAUGACGACAGCAAUGGUUGAAUGUCAAUUAUUUGCGUAUUUUCUCUUGAUGAAAGAGAGAUUGAGUAUCAUUAAUCAAUCUAUUUAUCGCUACAAGUUCAACCUACGUUCCAAUGAUAUAUUCCAAGAACCAAUCGAAGAUGUCAACCAAUGCAUUGACGUCAAAAAACAAAUUUUCUUCAUUACCGAGCUUAUGAGACCACAUAAAAUCAAUGAUAAAAUCAUGAAGAAGUCUCACAAAAGUUCAGCAAGUAAAUUGAAGCCUUUGCUGAUGACCACGUGGCGGUUCUUUAAAAAUAUUUUACAAUUUCGAGAGCAUAGAAUAUUUGUGAACAAUUUUGAAGAAGCUUUCAAAACAGUGGUCGAAAACAGCAACUUUCAUUCUGAUCAUAAUUAUAUCGACCGAAUCAGCAGUCUGGAAAUUAUUUAUACGAAACUUUACGAGAUUUCAGAUUUAAUUAACAAUGCAUAUGGAAUUCAAACCAUCGCUAUAAUCGCAGUUCAGUUUAUUACACUCACCACCAUGAUGUAUCAUUGCACAAUGAAAGUAAUCAGGAUAUUAUCAACAGAGUUGUCUGAUGUGGAGAAUGACGAAACAUUAGAGGAAGUCACAAGUACAGUAAUGUGGAUAGCAAUUUACAUGUACAAAUUGUUUUCACUUUGUUAUUGCAUCCACGCAACAAAUGAUGAGAUAAAAAUGUUUCUCCUUAAACUUUUACAACAGCGAAUUAAAUUUACACCAUAUGGAUUAUUUGACAUUGAUUUAGGACUUUUUAGUAUGAUUACUGGCGCAGUUGUUACAUACAUCCUGAUUCUAAUUCAGUUUGACAUCGCACAAAAGAAUUAA